CGUCUGACAGCGCAAACAGCGCACGCUGCUGGAAAUCUGCCUCAAGGACAUUUUGCGAGCCACAAUGCUUUCCGUCACGGGCACCAUCGCCAGACGCAGCCGAGCCCUCCGUCUGCUACACACGUCUCCCCUUGUCAAAAUGCCGAUUCAGGUUGGUGAACAGCUCCCUGCCGUGGAGGUCCACGAGGGGGAACCAGGAAACAAGGUGUCCAUGGAUCAGCUCUUUAAGGGGAAGAAGGGAGUCCUCUUUGCUGUACCUGGAGCUUUUACCCCUGGUUGUUCCAAGACUCACCUCCCAGGUUUUGUGCAGCAGGCGCAGGACUUGAAGAGCAAAGGUGUGCAGGAGGUCGCUUGCAUUUCCGUCAAUGAUGCAUUUGUCAUGGCUGCCUGGGGAAAGGAGCACGGGUCAGAUGGCAAGGUUCGAAUGCUGGCUGAUCCUACUGGAGCUUUUACAAAGGCAGUUGAUCUGCUACUUGACAGUGAUCAGAUUGUGCAGGCACUUGGGAACAAGCGAUCCAAGAGAUAUGCCAUGUUGGUGGAAGAUGGCGUUGUGAAGAAGAUCAAUGUAGAGCCAGAUGGCACCGGACUGACCUGCAGCCUGGCUUCCGAUGUUCUGUCUGCGCUCUAAGCUUAUUUAGAGCUCAAUAAACCCAACUGCAAAGACCGUACUUGUAAAAGUUGCAUUAACAAAGCCCAGCCUCUUCAAUCUUUCUCCUUUUCCCAAAGACGGAUGCAAAAGUCACAUGACAUUUGUUCUUUUCUAGUUCUGUCAAACAAAACUUUUUUUUUAAUGCGCACAACUGAUAUGACUGGCAAUCCAAAGCAACUGCCUUCCUCCUCUGUAUACCAGUGAGUAAAUAAAAUUCAGUAUGAAAGCAAUAA